AUGCCUAGCGGGUAUCGGGAUGUGAAGCUGAACCCCGUCGUGAAGGAGCACUUGUGUGAGAUUCAGCUGCACCUCCGCGAGUUCUUCGCAUUGAAAGGCGGCCAGCACGCCGUAUACGAGUGGGCGAGGGAGCUGAACGUAACUACCGAAAUAGACGGUGAACACCUGAUCAAGAAUCUGUCCCCCGAGGUUACGAAGGAGAUGAUGCGCCUGGCUGGGGAGAACUGGCGUGGAACCGGGUACCUUCUACAGGACCUACAGCUCGAUGCUGGGCAGUACGAUCUGGCGGAGACGAGCUUCCGAGAGAAACUUAGGGAUGCCGAGCACAAAGCACGGGAGUUUGAGGAUGACGAUAGCAAGGACUCGAGACGGGCGUUGGUCAGCGCAAACGCAGUCAGGGCAAGACUCGCCCAUAUUCUGAGCGAAAAGGCCAAGUACGACGAGGCCAAGGCUCUGUGCGUUCGGUCGCUGGCUACGUAUGAGAAGUUGUACGGUCCUGACCACCCGGCCGUCGCUAUUGGCCUCAACAACUGGGCAGGGGUAUUGAAGAGGCAGGGCAUGUACAAGGAGGCUACGGAUCUGUGCGUUCGGUCGCUGUCUAUCCGUGAGAAAGGUGUAGGUCCCGACCAUCCGGACGUCGCUGUAGGCCUCAACAACUGGGCGGGGCUGUUGAAGUGUCAGGGCAAGUAUGAGGAGGCAGCGCCUCUGUACGUCCGGUCGCUGGCUAUCCGUGAGAAGGUUUACGGUCCUGACCACCCGGCCGUCGCUACAGGCCUCAACAACCGGGCUGGACUAUUACAGAGUCAGGCCCUGGGUCCGGAGCACGCCGAUGUGGCCCGGUCGCUUAUCAACCGGGCGGGGUUGUUGCAAGCUCAGGGCAAAUAUGAGGAAUCCGAGCCUCUGUACGUUCGGUCGCUGGCUAUCUGCGAGAAGGCCCUAGGUCCUCACCACCCGUCCGUCGCUACUGCCCUCGAUAGCCUGGCGUCGUUGUUGGAUAGUCAGGCCGAGCCAACUUAUGAGCGGGCACAUCCCAUGCGAGAGAAGGUGCUUGGUCCGGAGCACCCCGAUAUGGCGCAGUCGCUCAACAACUGGGCGCGGUUGUUGAGCGUGUGUACUUCCACAAUGAGAUUUCUUGCCUUCACCAUAAUGUCAUGA